AUGUCAGUGCUAGUCAACGGAAGUACAACUAAGGACUUCAAGAUGGAAAGAAGAUUACGUCAAGGCGAUCUGUUGUCACUAUUUUUGUUUGUUAUUGUCAUGGAAGGUUUAACUGGUUUGAAGAAGAAGGCUGUGGAGCUAGGGGACUUUAGAGGUUUUCAGUUCAACGACGAAGAUUCCGUAGACAUGUUACAAUUCGCGGACGACACUAUUGUUGGGCUGAAGGUAAAUUUCUACAAAAGUAAGUUGUACGACAUUAAUAUUGGCGACUGGUUCCUCUACGCAACAUCCUCCUUCUUGGCGUGCAAUGUUGAUAGCUUGCCAUUCAAAUUCCUUGGUGUGAUGGCAGGGGAAAGUCCCAAGAAAUUAGAAAUGUGA